AUGAGCCACCAAGGUGGUGUCAAAGGUGCGGCGGUACUGUUGGUCCUAUGGUGCCUUCUCUUCUACGUUUCUGGCCUCAAUACGCCAACCGGCGUUAGGGAUGCUGCACAAGUCGCCGCCAAGCCCUCGAGCCACAAAUGGCCAAAGGAUCUGCCAUUUGUGACAGUCAAGCCCGCAGACGAGGUCGGUCAUCUCCCGACACGUCAGUACUGGGCCAUCAAGGAUUCAAUCCUUCACUACGUAGCGCAGAAUCCCGAUCACUUCCAGAAAGCCUAUGCGCAUCCUGAAGAGCCACUCGACGCCGAGGUGAGUGGGACAUCGAGGUGUACCUGCGCGAGACGCAGCCGGCAUUGAUAGAACCACUGUACUUACUUUAUCAUUCUCGUUACAGAUUCUACAGCCGAUGACUAAGCAUGAGGGCGAGCCUGUACCCAGGACGGAAGUCCGCUUUAGCCACGACGGCGAGCACUUUCUGCAUCCGGAGACGCGCUCGCAGGUUCAUACAGUCCCUCUGGCGUACUCGGUGAGAAUGCACGAGGGUGACAUGACGUAUCACAAGGGAAACAUUAGGCCACGCGGGCCGAACCCGCUUCCGCUGACGGAAGGAUCCAACAGGUGGUUGAAAAGGCAACGUUAUGCUCUCAGGUCCUUUCCUCUAGACGCGGCGCGUCAUGGGACGCCUGGCUCUUCGAGCUCAAGUUCGAGACCGAGUUUGAACGCAAAUGCUCCGCGAUACGUGCCUCUGAAGCACCAGCUCGACCGGCCAGAAUGGAUAGAGCCUAGUCCUCCCUCACCGCCUCCAGAGCGCAGAGCCCUGGGCUCCCCGCUCUUUGUUGCCGCUGGGAACAUCGACAACCUGGCCUCGAGAGGAGAAGGGGUUGAUCAAAUUCUCGAUCCAACAAUUACUGCGAAAUCGAGGAUUCCCUUGGGAUUGAUGAGUGCAACCUCUGCUCCAACACGGUCCAGCUCCACUACUUUCACCAAGCGGGCCAGCGGCGAGGAUGUUCACCACCCGCGCCUCGAAGCUAGCUCAGACACGGUGCACAGCGCCGCUGAGGAUGCAAUGUCGGACCGCGCACCACUGUACCCACAGUGGUCCAAAUACGGCACCUACAAAAUGCCGCUUGUGACGAUGAAAGACAAACCAGUUGUCCUGAGACAUUACAAAGAGGGACCACAAGACCGGCCCGUCACGAUUGUAACGGCAAAGAAGUGGCACAAGUGGUACGUGGACAACAACGUCCCCGUUCCGGAAUCGCUUCGAUUCGUCCCUUCAGCACCUUCUUAUAGCACCAUGCAUCAGCAACGCCUGGUUCAAAGAUACAAAAAAGCGUUUGGAUCCUUGCCGCGCAACAACGCCGCCCUUCGGAGAGUUGCUCACGCAAUUCGGGUCGACACUACUACCGGUGAAACUGGGGCUGAACAGUACAAACAGCGCGUCAAAGAUCGGUCAGAGCUCAGAGAGCCCGACGUUCCAACCAGUCCUGCCAAGAAACGGCGCAUCGUAUUUCAGCAAGACCUCAACCUGCCGCCUGAUCCAGAGCUCGAUGUCUCUCGCCCCUCUUCUAUGCGCGACGGGGCGGUCCACAAGCUUCCACAUCUCAGGACGAUGUCGCACAUCUCCCACUUGCCGCGGCUCCCUCACGUUCGGCGCUCGUUCCCCUCUAGCUCGAAGAGCCCAAGAAACAUUGUUCGUGAACGACAAGAUUCGCGCUUUGACUUGGCGAAUCCGCGUAAAGGUGCUAAUCUGGUGAAGAGGGCCCCACCCACACCCGUCCAGCUGAAUACUGACAGAUUCAGAUCGGGCCUUGGAAGCAUGGAGAAAGCGGUGGUGUACCAUGCAAUUCAACACCACCGCAAGGAAUUACCGGAAAUGCAUCACUUUGAGGUGCGCUACGGCUGCGUGCUCGUUGCGAUCGAAUGAAGAUGUUAAUGUGCUCCCUCUCUUCGAUUUAGAUGAUUUCACAUGUCAUGCGCACCGUCCAUGAGCCAAAGUGGCACUUCUAUGGAAAAGUGGGAGACGCUCGCAGAGAGCCUGUCCUCCAUUCGCAGACGGGAAAGGACACGCACCAAGUAUUCCUGGCUCCUGGAUGGUCAUUCAAUGUUGGGAUGAGAAAAAAUGGUCGCAAAGCGCUGGUGGAUCAUGAAUGGGAUAGAGGCGUGGAGGACGUCCAGCGAUCGUAAGUGGUCGGGGCGAAUGAUCGGGGCAGCUGAGUUUUCCAAACUGAAUAAUAGUCUUGACACCCCAACGCCAGUGUGGGCCUGCCUGUGGAGGUGGAUAAACAAGUCAGGAUAUCCCGAGCUCAGGCUCGUUUCAGAGCCAAAGCGAAAAUCAAACGAAUGCGCUUGAAUGGCAAAGAUGAUGGAGUCGAGGGGCACCUUGGGCAUGCUGAGCUCGAUCGUCCUCGCGGCAGACCUUUCAAGUACAGCCAUGAACUCAGACGACCGAGAAGACCCGUUCAAGUUCAACGGCUGCUGUACAAGAGACCCCCCAUUCCUAGGCGUCCCUGGCUGGUGGGCGAAGGCAGCGGUGGUCCGCAACGACUAGGUGAACCACAGCUCGAACCUUCACUUGGGCUUACCGAUAGCGGCUCGUAUCAGGGUCCUCUACCUCGACAACGCGAAGAGUCCUCGAUGUCAGAACAACCACUAAAGGACGCUCAAAGGCAGCCGUAA